AUGUACACACUCAACACCCUUUCUCUUGCUGUGGUCGCUUCUCUGGCUGCUCUGGGCAGCGCAGAGAUGCAUGGCUUGCACGCCCGCCACCUGAACCACGCCCGUGGUAUCAACGGCACUACUCCCUCUGGCUCGCUCCCCACUACCUACGAGACUGUUUACCCUACUCCCGCUCGCACUCCUCAUUCUCCCUCUGGCAAGCCCGCCUACACCCCGUCUGGCAGCUUCUCCAAUUCUCUGACCAGCUCUGUGCCUGUGCCCCUUGGCACUGGCUCCGUCGGCUCCAGCGUUGUGGUCUCCGCUUCUGCCUCCCAGUCUGGAUCUGAGUCUCUUACUACUGAUUUGACCACCACUGAUGUCACUCUCACUUACACUCUCGGAUCUGGAACCUCGACCAGCGUUGUCACCACUACCAUCCAGAAGACCAUCACUGAUGUUCACACUGUCUCUGCCUACCCCACUCCGGCUUUCACUGCCCCCAUUGAGAAGGGACACGGCCAGAAGCCCGAGGAGACUACCAUUGUGCACGGAACCACGACCAAGACUUUGACCGUCGUCGAGGCUCCCACUGACACCGUCACCGCCAGCAAUGGUGUCUGCAACCAAGCCACCGUGACUGUCACCGCCACCGAGACCGUGACCGUGACUCCUUCUCCCAGCUCCGCCCCUGAGAGCCAACAGCCCACCACCACUCCUGCCACCGAGAUCGAGUCCGAGACCACUGCGCCCGCCCCUAGCGCCACUCUGACCACCAGCCGUCCCCCUUACGGCAACGGAACAGCCCCCUACCCUUUCACCAGCCUGACUCCCACUCCCUCCGGCUUCGCCAGCUCUAUCCGUGUCCCCUCCGGCUCGCCCAGCAUCAAGCCCGCCCCCAGCGGCCCUGCUUCUCCUAGCGGCCCGGUCUCUCCCUCCGGUACCCCCGGCGGCAACUUCCCCCACGGAUUCCGCCGUCGCUACAUCUAA